AUGGACGUGACACUGGUGAUUCUUCUAGGUGUUCAGACAGUGGUGGGAGCGGGGUUUGCUGUCAUCUCACAAAACUCCUCAGAAGAGAUGCAAAACGUCUUCAAGAAACCAAAGAGUUCUAGGGGCCUUCAUUCAAACCCCUUUGGAGCCCAUCCAAAGACAGUAGAAGGUGUUCCUUGUGGAAUAAAGACAUCUUGGGUGGUCAAAAGAAGCCGCGUGACCGACUCUCCAUCCUUCCACAAGCAGCCGGACUUUUCCACACACUCAGCAGAACGCUGGUGUGAUCAUGUGGUUGAGGAGAAAGUGGACCGGGUCCUGGCUCCCCGUUUACAGCUGGAAGUGGGCUGCUCUGCUAUGUAUCAGUACACCACCCAGGGGUGGAGGCUGGACAUGGACAGGAUGCGCUCCAUGCACGGGGGCGAUGAUGGCAUCGCCCUAUAUUACAGACAACGGGGGAUGCAGGCUAGCUGUCUCUUGUACAAACCUCCAGAAACGGAGAGCCAGAUGGUUAACAGGACAGUACGGGCAUGCUGUGAAGGAUGGGGAGGACCUCAUUGCUCUCAAGGUGCGGGGGUACGUGGUCAGUGCUUCACCACGUGGAACUGUGUGGACUUCCCUGGUGUUCAUAACUCCUCACUCAUGCCCAUGGAGCAAUGCUGCAGCAGCCUGUGGGGGCUGAGCUGGAGAAAUGCCUCUGACCACACUUGUCUAAUCUGCACCUACACUUUGCUCUCAGGUUUGCUACCUUUAUAGCUGCUUUAUCACCCCACAGAAAUGUAGAUGUAUCACUGACUUUGAUGCAUUGCUCUGAGCUAAAUUAAGCUUACUUUUA